ACUAAUGUUAAUCCAUCACUGUUAACUGGGUUGUAGGAUUCAUCCAUGGCAAUACAAAAAUAAAGAAUAAAGAAGGGUCUGAAGUCUGAUCAUCACAAGUAGUCAGUGUAUAAUUGGUUGGUCAUCAAAUCCUUAACCCUCCUAAACUUACUUGAAUGACUUUUUAGACUGUUCCUCAAAUUGGACCAGUCUUCGGUAAACAAGACGGAUGGUGACAUAGAGGAGACCUGGCAUGGCAGUUAAACUGCGGCUAAAACUUCUUUGUUGUCUCCUUGUAUAUUAUACGUUACAUAGCUUGCCAAUAUGCUAGCUGCUCUUCGUGAUAUUCUUGAUUAGCCACCCCUCUCCAAGACUACCAAACUGACUUUCGAGCUCUUUCUAGGCCCUUUCUCCUUCAUCAGGAUAUCAGUACAGACGGCAGGAGGAGGAUCUACUCGCAUCCAUGGGGAAGCACUCGGAGCGCAAAGCCUCCGAUGUUGGAUUUGAGGACUGUCGUCCAGGUUGCAUGUGGGGCAUACUUCAUAUUCUUGACUACCAUCUCUGUCACAGUCCUAAAAAGUUACCUCCACGCAGAAAGCAUGGAAGAGGAAAACAUGUUAGAUGCUGCCAAAAUCCAAGAAAAAUUUCUUGUGAUCUUUACACUGAUGGCGUACAAGAAUAUUUGAGUGCUAAAGCAGUCCCCUUGCUGGUUGAACAGCAAACUAUAAAGACUAGCUCAACAGACAGAAUUACCAGGAAGGCCCAGAUAAAAGCUUUAAUUGCUAAGGAGAUAUUUGCAAGAACCCGGUUGCAGCAAACUGAUCCAGUCCACCAAUUAGGACCUUCACACAAUUGCCUUGCUACUACAAUGGAUAGUGAUUUGUCAAAUCCAAUCAUAAUCCUCCACAAAAGUGCUGAUACUGGUGCCUCCAGAUUGCAGGUUCCAUCUGUGUCCAAGACACCUGAAGAAUUAGUUGCACACAAUAAUGCAUAUCAUCUGCCUGGCACCGUGAAUGCUGAGGACUGCUCAAAACAAAAUCAACUUUCAGCAGAGGAUGCAUUUUCCUUGGAGAACUGUGCUAACUUAUUAAAUCAUACCCUUUCACAUACUAAGCGUCUCAACAGAGAAAUUUCAUGCCCUCAGUUUAAGGAGAGUGUGGAUGUUCUGGAGAUCCUUAAGUUAAAUGAAAAACUGUUGGUGGAAAUCCUAAAGGAUCAAGACAUUCAGAACACCCAUGUCCAGCUGCCUUCCAGAGCAAAAGUAAGAUUAAGGAGGUCUGGAUCAUUUCCUGCAGCUGACUGUUCACACAUUAGAUUUGUUAGGCCUAGUAAAAUUGAGCACAAGCAGAAGGAAAAUUGGUCCUUUCCAAAGGGGGUGAAGUCAUCCAUCGGAACCCAGGCACCAAGGUCUACUGCAUCCGAGUCUUUGAGAGAUUUUUAUGAGAAAUCAAUAGAUUUAAAGGUUAGCGAUCAUGGUGUCACUUCUAUUGGUCAAGAAACACAGAUUUCCUCUCUCAAAUCAUCUCAGGGAUUACAUAAACACAGGUGGAAUCUUUUAUUUAUGAGUCUUUUUAAGGGUCUUAAGAAAAAAAUAAAAUGCGCACUCACAGAAAGCAAAAGGGAGAGUACCCAUGUGUCCACAAAUGCGAGUAUCUAUAGAGUUCCUUCUGGAUGCAAGUUUUCCACCGAUGAGGAAGAGAUGUAUAAGAAGUUUGAGGAGAAUGCAAUUCAUGAAGAUGGUAUAGAAAAUCCCACAAGUUUUCAGGAGACAAAUGGUUUUGAUAAUGAUCUCAGAAAAGGUCAAGUUCCACACAUAAGAAGAGGAUCCUCUCUAAAGGGGUCACUGGAUGGUUAUACUCGAUUGUUUGAGUACAGUUACAGUAAAGAAGCCAAGUGGCACCAGUAUCAAUCAAAAAGCUUAAAAUUGUCGAGCGAAGAUAAAUUUCAAUCGAGUGGUCUGAAAUCAUUCAGAAGGAGACUUUCUUUGCCAGAUUUUGAGUCUAUAUAUCACAUUCCAAGUGAGUUCUCAGGUGAUGCACUUAGUCCAAGGACGUCAACUAUGACAGGAAUGGACUCUGAUGCAAAUUCUAAUAAUGACAUUCAUAAUCACUUGGAGUCAGCAAGCAUUCCUGAAGUUAGAAAACAAUUCAAACGACAAGAUACUAUUGAAGAGGCUGAACUUCAGAGAGGCAUGGUUGAAAGAGUUGGCAGCAUGGACAAUAAUGAAUUUUCGUGCAGUUCAAUGGUAAGUAUCAAUGAAGGAAGUGCUAUGACAAGUGAACUAAAUCAGGAUACAAUGAAACCUGAAAGGCAAGAGCAGAGUCCUCAGAGUAAUCAGGGGAUUGGUUCAGUGAUCACCACCAUGGGAGAGCAUGAAGAACAAAGUCCAGUUUCAGUUCUCCAGACUCAUUUUCGAGAUGAUAGAACUUGCCAAAUAGGGUUCCAAAUGUCAGAAGGUUUUGAUCUGGAUCCUAGCCGUGAGAAUGUAGAAAACGCAAGCACAAUGGUUGGUCCUCGAUUCCUUCAUUUUGAAUUGAAUAGGCUAGAAGAUGAUGCCGAUUUCAAUUAUGUGAGAGAUGUUCUUGAGGUGUCCGGCUUCAAUGGGCCAGAGUUCCUUGGAACAUGGUAUUCAUUAGAGCAGCCAUUGAGUCCAACAUUGUUUAAGGCUGUGGAAGCUUAUUGGCACAAAGAACUUGAAUCUCCCUCAGAGGAUGUUGCCUACAAUUGUGAUCACCUGCUUAUGUUUGACUUGAUUAACGAGGAACUGCUUGAGAUAUAUAACAGCUUAUUGGCCUACUUCCCCAAGCUCUUCUCCUUCACUCAACGUGUCAGUCCAUUGCCCAGGGGAAGACAUGUUAUUGAGGAAGUGUGGAAAAGAAUUAGCUGCUACAGGAAGUCAAGAUGGGAAAUGGAGCAAUCAACAGAAGAUAUGGUAGCUCGGGACUGGGAAAAAGGUGAUGGUUGGAUGAAACUUCGAUUGGAUGCUGAGGAUGUAGCACUAGACCUGGAAGAUUUAAUUUUCGAUGAACUGGUAGAUGAAGUUUUAUGUUCAUAUAUUCGACAGACAGUUGAGGCCAGAUGAAUCAGCCUUGUCAAGGAGUACUCCUGCUUCAAGGCUGCUACUAUACAUGGAAGUCAUGUUUACUUUGCCUCGAAAAACAUGGUUUCUUGAUUGCCAAACUACACGAGAAGAAUUAACUACAGGGAAUUUCAUUACAAAUUCAGGGUUUUCUGUAUGCUUCUUUUGGAGAAUUUAGAGAGAAUACUAGAUGAAAUUAUUAUUCAUUUAGUUAAUGUGACUAAAGAGCUGUAUAAUUGGUGCAAUUCUUUGAAAUGAUACUUGUAGUUGUGU